AUGAAUGGCCCAAGACAAGCUUUUGCCAAAGCCAAGCACGUCCUCAGUACCAGCCCAGCCACUCGAUCCCUCACCAGAACGAAACAAUUCCAUGCCCACACCAUCACAUCAGGCCUUCUCUCACAGCAAGUCCACGCAAACCUUGCAAGGUUGUAUGCUUUAUGUAGUCACGUUCCAUAUGCACGCAAACUGUUCGAUGAAUUGCCCGACCGGAGCUCAUUUUUAUACAAUACGGUGAUAAGAAUGUAUGUAUGCAAUGGCUUACCCUAUGAGGCACUUAACGUGUUUUCUCAGAUGCUGGCCCUAGGGCAGAGCUGCCCGGAUACAUUUACGUAUCCUGUUGUUAUUAAGGCAUGUAGUGACUUGUCUUUGGUUGAUGUUGGUGUUGUCAUUCAUGGAAAAACAGUGGUUUGUGGGUUUCAUUUGGAUGUGUUUGUUCAGAACACUUUUCUGGCGAUGUAUAUGAGUUGUGGGCAGAAGGAAUCGGCAAAAAGGGUUUUUGAUGCAAUGCAGGAACGAAGUGUUGUGUCUUGGAAUACCAUGAUCAGUGGCUACUUUCGAAAUGGGUGUGCCAAGGAAGCUUUGAAUGUUUUUGAUUGGAUGAUGAAUGUGGGUGUGGAGCCGGAUUGUGCCACUGUGGUUUCUGUGUUGCCAGCUAUUGGUUACUUGAAGGCAAUGGUGUUGGGAAGACGAGUUCAUGCCUUUGUGGAAGAGAAGGGUUUGGGGAAGAUGAUUACGCUGUGGAAUGCAUUGGUGGAUAUGUAUGUAAAGUGUGGUAGCAUGAGUGAGGCACGAUCAGUUUUUGAUAACAUGGCUGAGAGAGACGUCGUGACAUGGACAACUAUGAUCAAUGGGUACAUUUUGAAUGGUGAUGCAAGAGGUGCACUGGGGCUUUGUUGGUUGAUGCAGUGUGCGGGUGUAAAACCCAAUUCCGUAACAAUAGCUUCUCUUCUUUCGGCCUGUGGGAGUUUGCAUCUGUCAAAGCAUGGACGGUGCUUGCACGGCUGGGCUAUUAGGCAAAAGCUUGAAUCUGAUGUUAUAGUGGAGACUGCUUUAAUUGACAUGUAUUCAAAAAGCAAUUGUGUUGACCACAGCUUUCAAGUGUUUGCACACACUUCAAAAAAGAGAACGGUUCCCUGGAAUGCAAUGAUCUCUGGCUGCAUUCAUAAUAGGCUUGGGAGAGAAGCGAUAGGACUUUUCAAACAGAUGCUCGUGGAAGCAGUACAGCCCAAUGAAGCAACGAUGAACAGUCUCCUUCCUGCAUAUUCCAUUCUUGUUGAUUUUCAUCAAGCAAUGAAUAUACAUGGUUACCUAAUAAGAUCUGGUUUUCUUUCAUGUAUUGAAGUUGCUACUGGUUUGAUUGAUUCAUAUUCGAAGUGUGGAAAUUUAGCAUAUGCUCACCAGAUUUUUAAUGAAAUCCCAGAAAAGGACAGGGAUAUUAUCCUAUGGAGUGUGAUAAUAGCUGGUUAUGGAAUGCAUGGCCAUGGUGAGGUUGCUGUUUCACUUUUCUAUCAGAUGGUUCAAUCUGGGGUGAGACCAAAUGAUGUCACUUUUACCUCUGUUCUUCAUGCUUGCAGCCAUGCCGGUUUGGUUGAUGAAGGCUUGGGAUUGUUCAGGUUCAUGCUUGAAGAUCGGAAAGCGAGUCCUCAGGCUGAUCACUACACAUGCAUUGUUGAUCUUCUUGGUCGAGCAGGUCGGUUAGUUGAAGCUUAUGAUCUGAUUAGAACAAUGCCGUUUCAGCCUAACCAUGCUAUUUGGGGUGCACUACUUGGUGCCUGUGUGAUACAUGAGAAUGUUGAACUGGGAGAGGUGGCUGCUAAGUGGCUGUUUGAGCUUGAGCCAGAAAAUACAGGAAAUUAUGUGUUGAUGGCUAAAAUCUAUGCUGCAGUGGGAAGGUGGAAAGAUGCAGAAAACCUGAGACAUAUGAUGAACGAAAUAGGGUUAAGAAAAACACCAGCUCACAGUCUGGUUGAGGUCAGAAAUAUGUAA